ACAGAGAUAUUUAAAGUAAAAGAGUAAAGAAUAACAAAGCAGUAAAUUAAAAAUUUUCAUGUUAUUUACACUUAUCUGCUAUUAACCAAUGGCAGAGAAUAGUGGACAUUGUAAUUUUGGCUUAGUUGCAACCGAUAAGCAGUUAGCUUUAAAUAAAGAAAAGGCAUAGAAGCGAAUUUCGUGGUUAACAGCAAAAUGAAGUUACCAGAAAUUGAUGUGGACCUUUUACCUUUAAAAGUAGUUCUGUUUUGUUUAUUUGGAGCUCAUGCGUGUCUAAUUCCUUACAUGACUAUACACAUGAAAGAUCUUGGAAUUUCUGUAGAAGAGACUUCUUACAUUUACACAUUUCUACCCUUUACACAAAUUAUGGGUUCCCCACUAGCAGGUGCAGUGGCUGAUAAAUUAGGGCAAUACAAGCCAGUUUUAAUCAUUUCUCUCUUAUUAACUUCAGCUUUCAGUACAGCCAUUAUGUUUGUACCUCCAGCAGCCAACACUUAUGAGCAUGUUCCUCAUCGCUACAUAACAUGUAACUCUUCGGAAUUAAAUUUAAUAAUUGAAAGUUGUAACCAAAAAUGCGAAAAUAAUUCAAAUGUCAGGUAUGAUCUAUUUGCUUCAAGUUGUGAUAAGAGAUGUUUCAAUUCUUUACAUGGUAAUUUGAACUCCAGCUACGAAACAAACAUGACUUCAUCCAUAUCCAUUACAAAUAUACACUUAGAUAUGCCAGAACUAAAAGAAGAUCUUUGCAGUUACUCAAUUUCAGCAUCUAAGACCCCUCUGCUUUGUUAUUCGGAAGAUAUAGAUGAUGAAAACUGCACUAUCAAUUGCAACAUAACUUUAGUCUCCAAUACUAACGAAACCAAUUACUUAAACGGAAAUUGUUUCCAUACUAACACUAAUAAACGCUUAACUGUAUGGAUAUAUUUUGGGUUAAGGGUCAUGUUUCAAAUAUUUGUGGCUAUCUGCAUUUCACUAACUGAUGCUACCACGUUACAUAUGGUAGAAUCGCAUGGUGGACAGUAUGGACGCCAAAGAUUUUGGGCUAUAUUAGCUACUGCAAUCUUCUCCCCCGUUACUGGAAUCUUAGUAGAUUUCGUGAGUGAAAAAGGGCAUAACGAUUACUCUCCCGCAUUUUAUUUCUUUAACGGAUUAACUAUAUUAACAGUUUUUGCUGUAGCUUCACUUAAAAUGGAGUUGGCCCUACCCGAAGAAAACAUAUGGAAAAAUGCAGUCAAGCUAUUCAGAUUACCAGUUGUUAUAAUUCUCUUUUUUAUAAUCUUCUGGUUAGGUACGGUAUGGGGUUUCAUAGAGUCGUUUCUCUUCUGGUAUCUGUUAGAUUUAGAUAGUCCCACAUAUCUUCUUGGAUUAACUCUCACUAUUGGCUCUGGAAUUGGUCUACCCUUUCUUCACUACUCAGAAUGGUUCGUAAGACACAUAGGACAAGUAAAUCUGUUAAUAAUUGCACUGAUGUUCUACUUCAUCAGAUGUUUUGGUUAUUCUUUUAUAAGUAACCCAUGGUGGUGCAUUCCAUUCGAAGCCAUGGAAGCAUUUACUUAUCACACCAUGUGGGUUGCUGCAGCUACUUACAGUGCGAAGCUCUGUCCGAGGAGUCUUUUGGGAACAAUGCAAGGAUUUGUUAGUGGUAUACAUUAUGGAGUUGGUCGUGGGUCCGGUAGUUUUAUAGGUGGUAACAUUAUGAGUAAUUACGGUGGAAGAAUAGCUUUUCGUGCAAUGGGAAUAAUUUCUGGUGGAUUUUGUGUUAUUUACGCUUUGAUUCAUUAUGGAGUUGUUAGAAAAUUUAAUGAAAAAGAAGAAAAAAUGAAAAAAGCAAUUGAAUUAGAACUUUCCAUUGCUGAAGAUAUUCCACCAGAAGAGGAUCCACUUUCAGGAGAAGGAGAGAUGCCAGAUGAAUUGAAACGUUAUUUAGCACAAGCACGAAAAUCGAUAGAAAGUAGAGGACCAGUUUUAUAAAUGAUUAAUUGUAUAUAUUUAAAAGUAGUAGUUUUAUAAAGUUUUGUU